AAAAGUGACAUUUGAUGGCUCGAACUUCAACGAGUGGAUGAGAUACAUUCGCAUGAUAACUCGUUAUGAGGACAACAGAUAUGUCCUAGACGAGAAGCUUGAAAGGAUCAACCCAGAAGAAGCUACUCCUGAAGAGAUGGCCGCCUUUGAGGCCCACGAGCGUGAUGCAACGAAAGUUCAUUGCAUCAUGUUGGCCACCAUGAACCUCGAACUCCAAAAGUCCUAUGAGGACAUGUAUCCAUAUGAGAUGCAUCAAGAUUUGCUGGACAGGUACCACCAGAGCGCGAGGCAAGAGCGCUAUGAGAUCAUCACCAACAUGAUCACCGCUAAGAUGGGGAGUGGAGAAUCCCUAACUGCUCAUUUGCAAAGAAUGCAAAGAUAUGUGAUCGUCUUCUCAAACUUAAUGUUAAGUUUGAUGAGGAUUUGGCUAUCGACAUCAUCCUCCACUCCUUGCCUUCCUGCUACAGCCAGUUCAGAAUGACCUACCACAUGAAUAAGGAAGAGGUCACCCUAAGUAAGCUUCAAGGGCUCCUGAGGACAGCUGAGAGCAACCUCAAGGACAAAUCUGUUGCAUCAUCCUCUACUGUAGCUGCUCCUGUGUUGGCAAUUGGCCAAGGAAAGGGAAAGAAGAGGAAGGCUCCUUACAAGAGCCACCAUAAGGGUAAGACCCAAGAUGGUUCUUCUUCUAGUGGGACCAAAGCAGGUUCUGUUAAGCCCUCUUCUGACCCCAAGGAAGCAGAGUGCUUCUAUUGCCACCAGAAGGGCCACUGGAAACGAAGCUGCCCUAAAUAUCUGCAAGAUAUUAAGGAUGGGAAGAUAAAACCCACCUUCGCAGGGCCUAAAAAGAAGUAGGGAAGUGGAGCAUGGAAGGAUAAGCUUGAUCAUGGGAAACAAGAAGUCUUCACCAGUAACCAAGAUCGGAGUUUAUUCCUUAGUGUUGAGUAAUGGGUUAGGGCUAGAUUUAAAUAAUUGUUGCUAUUCGCCAGAUAUGGCAAGAAACAUCAUUUCUUUUCAUGGUUUGUUUAGACAAGGUUUCAGAUAUUCAUUUG